UAUUGGGUUUUGUUGUGUCUGUUCAGUGUUGCAUCGUCCACAGGCACGGCAAGAUGGACAGUUUGCUGAGAAUAAUCACCUUAACAUGUUUGUUGAACGCAGCAAUGGCGGUGCAAGCGCCUUGCAUACAGCUGAACGAUGGUAAUACUAUACCCAUAGUAGCUUUGGGAACUGGACGAGGAACAGCUAAGGAGUCUGACUCAAUAGACGAGGUCCGCCAAGCAGUAUAUUGGGCAAUCGAAGCUGGAUACAGACAUAUCGACACGGCUGCCGUAUACCAGGACGAGGAGCAAGUCGGUCAGGGUAUAGCUGAAGCCAUUGCCAAUGGACUGGUCACUAGAGAAGAGCUGUUUGUUACUACUAAAUUGUGGAACGACAAACACGCUCGCGACAAGGUUGUACCUGCUCUCCAAGAGUCACUCAAGAAACUUGGAUUGGACUACAUUGAUCUAUACCUCAUUCAUUUCCCCAUAGCUACAAAGCCUGACGAUUCUCCUGAUAACAUCGACUAUCUGGAAACCUGGCAAGGCAUGCAGGACGCGCGGCAGCUGGGUCUGGCCAGGUCCAUUGGAGUAUCCAACUUCAACGCUACGCAGAUCACGAGAUUGGUCAGCAACAGUUACAUCAGGCCUGUUAUUAACCAGAUUGAGGUGAAUCCUACAAACACACAAGAGCCGCUAGUGGCACACUGCCAGAGUCUCGGUAUCGCUGUGAUGGCGUACAGUCCGUUCGGGUUCGUGGUGUCGCGUGGUCAGACCGGCGCUCCGCCCCCGCGCUCCGAUGAUCCCACUCUAACAGCACUCGCCAACAAAUACAGGAAGAGCGUUGGACAGAUUCUACUCAGAUAUUUGAUCGACAGAGGUCUAAUCCCGAUUCCGAAAUCCACAAACAAGCAAAGGAUCGCUCAGAACAUCGAUCUAUUCGAUUUCCAAUUGACGUUUGAAGAGGUAGCGGCCAUUAACCAAUUUAACAAGAAUCAUAGGGUCAUUGACAUUAGUGAUUGGAAGGAUUACCCAAACUAUCCUAAUUAAAUGUCUAAAUCAUGGUGUGUUCCUUGCCCGUUUAGAUAUAGGUUAAUAUGUAUAAAAUUAAAAUAAAUAAGAAAUAUUAAUUUA